CCACCCGCGCCUGUAUGCAGUACUGAGUUUGUGCAUGGUCGACACACAAAGACACAGUGAGAAAUGUGUGUACGGGCAGUCCACUGGCCACUGGACGAGUAUUAGCGGCAGGGCAAGAGCAAAUUGCGAGAAGUUUUGGAGUGUCGGCCCGAUGAAGAAACAAAACGGCGAGGAGGUAGAGUUCCUCUGGCCAGCUUGGAGUCGGCUGCAAUGGAGCACCUAAAUAGUCGCAGGCCAUUGGGUUUCCUGAUCGUAUUGAUCGCGACUUGCUUGCAGGCAAAUGCAGCGCUGGAGUGUGCGUGCAACAUAGGCGACGGCAGCUGCAGAGCGAACCGUACGUGCGUGCUGGCAUCCAACUAUGGCCACUGCCUACGCUCAUUUGUCGCUGAAUCUCCUGGACCAGGCAUCGACGAAUCUGAGUUUCUGUUGGCGUGUUCGGACGAUGUCAAGACUUGUGAGCAUCCAGGAGCUUUCUGCUGCCGCUCGGGGAGGCUCUGCAAUGCCCCUGAGCGGCUGGGACAGAGCGGAUUUGUUUCUGAUCGAAGAGUUGUCCGCAGUCUGUCAGAUCAUCAUCAACAACGGCGGAGGCGGCGGCGGCGCUUGCCUGCAUCGAUAUUGGACGGCCUGACAUUUGUUCCUGAGCCAAGCCAUAAACGACUCCGUUGUUUAUGCCAUGACCCGAUUACUGGUUCCUUUGGUUGCCAACGAAGCCAUUCUAAUCGAUCCAUCUGUAAAUUGCCGGAGGGUGGGUGGUGUGCAAGAUCCUGGACCGUGGACGCGAAUGACAAUAUACAGAUCCGCGAUUCCUGUGUCCCCAAACAAACAGGGUUUCUCUGUGAACAAGGCCAUCAAGUGCACAUGAAGUGUUGCUCGAACAGAAAACUCUGUCAAAGCGAUCUUCAGAUUCCACCGGGCAUCAGCACAGGACCACCAGUGACAACGACUGCUACACCCACGUCAGAAACAACAACAGCUGGUGGACCGGGUUGCGGCAGCAAAGCGCCUAGUUGGAAUUCCACGUGGCGUGCAGGAGAGCAGCUGAGAUGUGUGUGCAACUCCGGAAGGGGUUGCAACAAAACUCUCGGCUGGUGUUCGACUAACGGCUUGUGCUAUCACAUCAUGUCCAACAACAUGCUAUUGACAAGUUGUGUGAGCGCUAAGAGUGCUCCUAGCUAUCAGGCGUUCUGCGAUUCACACGACAGCAGCUCUAAGUCUUCAUGUUGCACUGGUCAUUGCUGUAACUGCAAAGGCUCUGAUCCAGCAAAGCUUCAAGCGUGUCAGAAGGGACUGUCCGUCAGACCUAUCCGUCAGACCCCUAUACCCGCUCCGACAAUGAACACAACAAGUGAAACUAGGCCAAGCAAACCAACCAAACCAGCAUAUGCCAAAGUGUGUCAUUGCACGAAUUGUGCCAACGGCUCCUGUACAUCCGACUCUGGAGUGUGUUCCGUGGAGAUGACCGAAGGUGGUAUGUUCCGACGCUGCUUGGAAAAGCGGGAACUGCGGCUGUAUUGCAAGAGGAGCAGUGCUGAGAAGGUUCAACGUGCCAAUGCCGACCGCAGCAGCUCCAGGGGAAAUCCCGUCUAUUGCUGUGCACACGAUAACUGUAACCAGUGUAACCCACACUUUCCUAAAGUGGCAUGCGACACGGCGGUUGUCAACUGUAGUUGCUCAACAUGCAGCAGCGGAGUGUGUUCGCGCCUCGGCGGCUCCUGCUAUGCCAACUCCAACUACACGGAUAGGCGCUGCAUUGGAACGAUGACAAGGACGCUCUGUGACUCUGGCAUGUGUUGCAAUGGCACUAUGUGCAACUCACCACCACUGCCAGGGUAUCAGGCAACUGGAAGCAUAACACCACGCACAGCAGCCAAUACACACACAGCACAGCAUCAGCACACGCAGUCAAUCCCAAGUGAUAAAGUGGCAUUGACGCCAUCGUCGACUCCAUCCAAAGCCACGGCCGGCAGUACAGAAGGUGUACAUGGCGGUCCGGAGGAAAACACUCAGCAGUACCCGCUCCUUCUUGUUGUUAUCAUAGCAGCCUGCCUAUUGCUGAUUGUGGCCACAAGUGGCACAGUUGUCUAUGUUGUGUGCAAAUAUCGCAGCAACACGAACGCUGCAGCACCUUGUAAAACAGCUGUGCAACGAUGUGCGGGGAAGACGAAACAAGGUACCAACAAUGUUCCACCUCCGUACAACACAGGUACUCAGCCGACAUACAACCCAAUCUUAGCAGUGCCGUGCCCGGACAAACUGGACGACCGCUCAAACACGAGCACCAGCACAAGCGCGUCAACCCCCGGUGAGUCAACCCCCAGCGACAAAGUAGACAACCGCUCCAAUGCGUCCUCAACCAUAGUCGAUUCUACUUCAAGCAGUCUUGUCUCGUCGUCAACGAGUGUACAGCAGCGCGAGUCAGUGAGUUAGUGCGUUCGUGUGUGUGUGUGUGUGCGGCGGUGGCGUGCGUAUCGUGUGUCUAAUUAUAACUGCCCUUUUUCUUAAGUUUGCCCCACUAUUUCCUGCACUAUGCAGUAAUCUGAAUUACUCAAUCCAUCACUUUUAGGACUUGGUCACUUGAAUGUGUAUACUGCCUGGCCAGCUGCUUUUUUUCCUUUCUUUUCCAGUUUCACCAAAAUUCCAACUUGAGCAUUGCCAAUCUUUCCAAUGGAGCAGAGAUUUUCGUUGAGUAUCCUCGAACUUGAGAGCCUUGAUGGCAACUAUAAGCUUCUCCGCUUUCUAUUCCACUUUCCUUUAUUCCAUUAUACCAGCUGGCUUUUCCAGCACUGAUCAAACCUAAUAUUUAAUCAAUUGAAUUAAUUUCAAGACACGUUUCACCAUAA